AUGAAAUUUAGGCGAGGAAGGGUGUCAUCGCCCCGACCGUUUCGGGGGACGAGGGUGUUCUCGCAAGAGAAUGUCCCUCUUUUGGGAGAAGGUCCAGCAGAGGUGAUCCUGGCGCUUCAAGAGAGACUCCUUCGGGUCCUUUCUCUAUUGAAUCAUUUGGGAGCUUGGUUUUCGAAGGAGGAUGUGGCCUCAGUCAAGGAGGAAGCCAAUGAGCUGUCUCGGCAGUUAUCUGAGGAGAAAAGCAGGAGGGCGACGAAAGGAAUGGAACUGCACGAUCUACAGGCCAAGAUCAAGGCGAUUGAAGACACGGCGGAAACUUCCUCGUCGGAGGCUCUGGCGCUGGGCCGUAAGAACCAGAAAUUAGAAGAGGCUUUGGAGAAACUAAGAGCUGAGGCAAAGAUCUCAGAGGACGUGAAGGUGAUGGCUGUGGACGGGGCGAAAAUGACCUCUUGA